AUGGCUCAAUCAACAGAAGUCGCCCAGCUGAACGCUGCCAGGAACCUUGUUCUUGGUGAUGCAGCUCUCUAUCCGCAGAUUGUAAACGGCAUCCUUCCCAUCGUCGGCGCAAACGCGAAACCCGAAUUGCGACGAUGGGGUGCAGACUUCCUAGCUGAGACUUUUGCAAGCCCGGUGCUAGGUACGGCUCAGAAGGAACAAUUGGCACCUGGGGUUCUUCAGGCAAUUCGCGAUAUUCUCUUACUGCCGGAGACUGACACCGCGGUCCUGCAAAGCUUGGUACAAUGCGUGGCCAGCCUAUACCCGCUUGUUUUCCGCCACAUAAUCAACCACCCUGAGGACAGCAAUUCGUGGGAGAUCAUGAACACAAUAAAGCACGAUAUCCUUCGGCGCAUGGAUACUUUCCCGUGUCCUGUUAAGAUCUGCUGUGCCAAAUUCCUACAACGCGUAGUCCAAGUGCAAACGCCAAGUCACGUUGCAGACCCCCGACGACCCGAUCAGAACGAAACCUCGUUAGCUAUCGUCCCUCGCAAUCACCCUCUUCUAGCUAUUCCACACCUCGAGGCCGAGUCCUCUGGCUUGCUUGACCGACUUCUUGACGUAUUCCAGGUGGAGAUAUGUGAUCCUCUGCUUGUCAACGCAACCUUGAACUGUCUCGCUCCUCUUAUCCGCACGCGACAGUCCAUCUCCAAUAAAAUCAUUAAUGCCAUCCUGGAAUUUUACCCGUCGAAGCAUGUUCGCCCGCCAUUUACGCCAACAGUUCGAGUCAGCGUCAAGUCGAUGGAGCGCACGGCGCGGGCGGUGCUAGUGAACAUGUUGAAGAAGAACCCAAGCCAUCCCAUGCUGGGCAAGAUACAGCUGUAUAUCGAACGUCUCAUGCAGUCACGUUUAGAGGCUCCUGAUGAGUCCUCCCGGAAGCGUGCCCUUCCCAAUGAACCGGUCGAUGGACUGGACCAUGCCAAGCGCCCAUUGAGCUACAGUCAGCUCUUCACUCUGACCCAAGAUGCGGCCCUCUCCUCGUUCGAUGUCAAGCAACUUCCCCCCGAUUUGGUCGUGAAGAUCACAGUGCCUCUCCUUGCUCAAGUAAACCAGUCACUGUUAACCCAGGCCAUCGAUGCUGUUCGCACCCGUUAUCAGACCGUAACCAAAGAGCAAAACCAAAUGCGGCUACAGCAACAGGCGGCCGCGGGAGGUGAGGACGAUGACGACUAUGAACCUGAGUACCAACCUAUGGAAGGGGCAGAUAACACCUCCGACGUGGCGAGCGUCAUCGCAGCCGAAGCACCCGAUGUUCAGCCCGAUCUGGUAUCAUUGGGCCCAUUCGUCCUACCUCAACCACCGCCGAUGAGCGAAGAAGAAGCAGGAGAAGUCGGCCGUAGUGCAGUAGCCCGCGUCUUCUCCAUGAUCAAUAUUGCUGAAACGGCACCAUCUGCCAGCAAGGGGAAGAGCCAGCAGCAUCCAGGCUUCACCCGCUUGGCCGGAAGUAAUUUCGAUCGAGACGCCUGGGUGUUGCUCCUCACGCGACUAGCCACGCGCGCUCCAGCUGGCUUGGAGGGAGGGGACAAGCUGGGUAAAGGGAAACAGACUCCCAUUUCUGAUUCGAUUCGUGAGACGCUUUAUCGGUAUAUUCUAGAGGAUUUCCGCGGCCGUCUUACCAUCGGCAUUACCUGGCUGAAUGAGGAGUGGUAUAAUGAUCGCGUUCAGAUGAAGGCUGCCGCGGCUGCGCGUGACCAAGGUGAUGACGAGGAGCCCAGCGUAGCGACCCAUUACGAUACCUGGGUGUCUCGACUACUGGACGGUAUUCUGCCAUAUCUUGAUGGUCGAGAUAUCAAAGUGCUGGUGCGGUUCCUGAGCGAGAUCCCCGAGGUUACCAUCCCGAUCACGCAGCGGGUGGCGAGUCUGGCGAAGGAUCCCGAGCGUGUGAACCUUUGCGUGCAAGCUCUUAUGUACUUGAUCAUGUUCCGACCACCAGCCCGAGAAAUGUGCCUGAACACUUUGGAAGACGUCUAUCAGACUUAUGAAGAAGCACGACCGGCAGCCGGAAAGGUCCUAGCGAAAUGGCGUCCCCAGGCAAUUCGGCCCGCGGAUUCAGCCCCUGCCCCUCAACCAGAGGCACAAACCAGUGCCACAGCAGCAUGA